UGCAUACCUAUUAUAAUUACGAAAGUUAGGAUAUUCGCAAAUAAAUUUUCUCGUUAUUUUUUUACGGAUACGGAUUACAACGGACUGUUUUGCAUUGUGUAACCAUUUAUUGUGGGAUGCCGAAUAUGAACUUUGAAUUAAGGUUUAAAGGGAAUCGCAUUACUUAACCGUUAAGGAAUAUAAAAAAAGACACUUUAAGCUUAACACUUGAACAGUUCAGACACAUUUUCUGUUUAUAAAGACGUAUUUUUGUGUUUUAAUUUUUUUAAAUAGUCUAUCGUAAUUACAAUUAUUAUUGUUUUAAAUACCUAGAUACUUUUGUGUUAAUUAUAAAAAUGGCCAAAGCAGGAAAUGUUUGUCAGUACUUUCAAUGUGGUGUUUCAAAACGAGUGGAACCCAAUCUUAAAAUGUAUGGAUUUCCUUUUAAGGAUGAAAACCUGUGCCGCGUUUGGAUUAAUAAUGCUGGGGCUACACAUCUGAUUCCACUGUCACCGAAUUCAUUAAAAAAUAAAAAAAUCUGUGAAAAACAUUUCCGAUUGGAAGACUUCACAAAAUCUUCCAAUGAAAGGCUCAUUAAAGGCACAGUGCCUAUGAAAUACGAUUUUGACACCGAACAUUUCGAGGAACAUUUACAUGUGAAUAAACCAUUGAAAGUUUACACCAGAAAGAAAGAAUUUCCACACGAAUUGCUAAGAUCGCCCUCACCACAACCUAGUACAUCCUUUGACACAAUGGAAACGCUAAAUAUCAGCCCAGAUACAUCGGUGUGGUUAAACUCACUAUCUUCCCUUCCCUCUCCACCGGAAAAAAACGCGAAAAGAAAGCUGCAGUUUAAAAAUGAUACUCCAAAAGAGAAGAAACUUCGACUUUGCCUGUCGAAUCAACGAAAACUUCUCUCAAGAAAAAGAGCAGACAUGUCUCGCCUAAAGAAAUCUUUGAAAAAGAAGAAUGCGACUUUAAGUGCCCUGUCUUCAAAUUCAGCAGAAUACAGCUAUAGUCUAUUAAAAAAAGAUCCGAAAACCUUUGUCGACAUGAAUUUAUUUCACAAAAAUAAUACUUCCUGGAAUAAAAAUGAAAAGGAAUUUGCUAUAUGGUUGUACUACAGCUCACCAUCAACUUAUCGAGGAUUUUUGCAAAAAGGUUUUAAAUUACCUUCUCUAGCCACAAUAAAGCGUUGGAUAGGUGCUUCGGUAUUUAAGCCGGGUUUUACAAAGCAGUUUUUUCAUCAGCUGCAAUUAAAGGCACAAACAUUCGACAGUAUUGAGAAAAAAUGUGUUUUGUGUCUAGAUGAAAUGUCCAUCAUGAGUAUCAUUGAAUAUUCAAAAUCAUUAGACUGCAUAGAAGGAUAUGAAGAUCUUGGGUUACCAUUCGGCAGGAGGAAUAAAAGAGCAAAAAAAGCAAUGGUAUUUAUGCUUAGAGGGCUACACUCGAAAUGGAAGUUGCCAAUUGCAUAUUUUUUGUCGCAUACAGGUCCUAACUCCAAAGAAUUGACAACACUAAUUCAAGACGCCAUCAUAAAAAUUAAGAGCUGCGGCUUGCAAUUAAAGGCAAUAAUAUGCGAUCAGGAAACCACAAAUGUGUCCACCUUUAAGCAACUUUUGGUAUCAAAAGAGAAACCAUACUUUUUUUUUGAAGGACAGCAAAUCUAUGUAGUGUAUGACGUGCCUCAUCUCAUUAAAAGUCUUCGAAAUAAUUUAUUAAAUGGUGAUUACAUUAUAAACGAUAAAAGGGUGUCAUUUAGCGAUAUUGUACAAACUUAUGAAAUUGAUAAAAACAGUGGUAGUGCUAGGGCUUUGGUAAAAAUAACCGACGCUCACAUAAAUCCAAACGCUUUCCAACGCAUGAACUGUAAGUUAGCUUUGCAAAUCUUUAGCAAUAGCAUGUCAGGGGCGAUAAGAACGUGCAUUGAUACGGGUCAGCUUACCAGCAGUUCCGCUGAAAAUACUGCGGAGUUUCUAUUGCUAAUUAAUAAAACUUUUGAACAGCAGGGUUCCAUACAGUAA